AGGAUGACCAGGUUUGUUGCUCAGCAUAUACUAGCACCAGUUUUAGUUACAUGUGGUGUCAUCGGAAAUGUUUUCAACAUUGUCGUUUUAAAGAGUCCGAAGAUGAAAAGUUCGACGAAUGUGUAUCUCAUGGCUCUAGCAAUCUGUGAUUCCAUGUACCUCAUCUUUAUGUUCAUGUUAUCGUUUUUCAACUGUGAAAACAAGGAUCAGUUUAAAUUCAUUUUCUAUAGCAUACCUUUUGGUCGGGUGUGUUCGGAUUUGUUUGGCAAUACUGCUGUUUGGCUCACAGUGGCCUUUACCCUGGAGAGAUACAUUGGAGUGUGUCAUCCAAUGAAAGGGAAAGCGUGGUGUACUAUAAGAAAAGCAAAGAUUGCUGUUAUUUUGGUAUUCAUAAUAUCGCUUGUCAACACAUUUCCUGAGUUCUUUGAACUGGAAAUCGUGGAAUAUAAUGAUGUUGGUAAGAAUAAGCCAACUGUACUUAAAUGCAAGACGACAAGUUUCGGCAGCACUUCCAGUUAUCAAAUAGGAUAUUUCUGGUGGUAUGUGGCAUUUUUCAAUUUUGUUCCUCUUGUGUUGUUAGCAGUAUUUAACAGUAUACUGAUUUUGUCUGUAUGGAAGGCUAACAAAACCAGACGCACAUUAUCAAAUUCUACCGUCAUUGGGGAAACAACAAGACAAGCAACAGAGCAACAAAAAGUGACUACAAUGCUCAUUUCAGUAGUCAUCAUCUUUCUACUUUGUCAGCUUCCUUGGGCAAUCUUAUUACUUUAUAAGGCGUAUAUAUCGGCCAACGAUAUGCACGCGCACGGUGAUAGCUUACGAAUAGCUGGCAAUGUGUGUAACCUGUUGGUGGAAUUUAACUCUUCUGUUAAUUUUUUACUUUAUUCUUAUUUUAGUAGUCGUUUUAGACGUACAUUCCAGAGCAUAUUUUGUAAAUGGAAAAGAGAGCGGGACAGACGCAGAUCUCUUUCGAGUUCCUCGGAUACCUUCCGAAAGUCCUCCUCUUCCAAGGAGAGUACAACAGCUACUUCUGUGUCUUCUUACAGAUCCAAACGAGGCGUUUUAUCUGAUGUGUCAGCAAGGGAAAAUCUUUUAUGUCAAAAAUUGUAACUUACGUAUUGUUUUAUAUAAAAAGAAUGACAUCUCGUUAAGUGUGAAUUAUACUUAAGAAACAACCAAAUACUUCCUAUUGUAUGACUAUGUGCCGUGAUUUAGUUUACAACAGUCAUUGACUUUUACAAGCACGGAAGGAGAUAUUGUUAAUUUGAAAUUAAGCCAUUAUGUAUGAUGAAAUAAUAUAUUGUGAUGAAAGAAACGGACCAACCGAAUUUCGAUUAGACUACAUAAAAUGUGUACCUGCAUGAAUAUGUAUAUAAGAAUUGAUUGGGUCAAACACCUCCGAUAGACACCUGAGGAGAUUACUUAACAUAUAUCAUUGAUAGAUGAAUGAUGUGAUAAUAUAUCAACAGUUGGACCUUUUUCGCUAUACAAUAUGAAAUAUAUCUGUUAAA